AUGACAGCUGAAGUUUCUUUUCUGGAUGAGGAGCUCGUUUGUUCUGUGUGCUGUGAGAUCUUCAAGGAUCCUGUUAUUCUACUAUGUAGUCACAGUUUCUGUAGAUCCUGUGUGCAGCAAUACUGGGAACAGAAGAGCUCUAGAGAGUGUCCUGUGUGUAGAAGGAGGUCCUCUAUGGAAAGGCCUCCUGUCAACCUGGUUUUACAGAACAUUAUAGAGUCCUACUUCAAGCAGAAAUGUCAGUCAGAGGCUGUGGAGAAAACUGAACUUCGCUGCAGUGUCCAUGGAGAGAAGCUCUUGUUCUUCUGUGAGGACGACCAAGAAGUUCUCUGUGUCGUGUGUCAGACUUCAAAAAAGCACAGAAACCACCAGCUCUGUCCAAUGGAAGAGGCUGCACUGGAUAUAAAGGAACAACUCAAGACUACGCUGGAAGCAAUAAAGGAAAAACUGAAAAAGUUCAAUGAAACUAAAAAACAGUGUGAAAAAACAGUGAAACACAUAAAGAAUCAGGCUCAACACACAGAGAAACAGAUAAAGGAGGAGUUUGAGAAGCUCCACCAGUUCCUGCGAGAUGAAGAGGAGGCCAGAUUGGCUGCACUGAGGGAGGAAGAGGAGCAGAAAAGUCAGAGGAUGAAGGAGAAGAUAGAAAACAUAUCCAAACACAUCUCCAUACUGUCAGACAGAAUCAGAAAGAUUGAGGAAGAUCUGAACAAUGAAGACACCAAAUUCCUGAUGUUAUUUUUAUUUGUGUUUUCCAGGGCUGCAAGAGCACAAAACAAAGUGCAGGAUCCAGAGGUGCUUUCAGGGGUGCUGAUAGAUGUGGCCAAACACCUGGGUUCUCUGAGCUUCAGAGUCUGGGAGAAGAUGCUCCACAUUGUCACAUACACUCCUGUGACUCUGGACCCCAACACUGCUCACCCCUACCUCUCUGUGUCUGAUGAUCUGACCUGUGUGAGAAACACUGGAGUCAGACAGCAGCUUCCUGACAACACAGAGAGGUUUUAUCCCUGUGUGUGUGUGUUGGGCUCUGAGGGGUUUACUUCAGGAAAACACAGCUGGGAGGUGGAGGUGGGAAACAAGCCUGAGUGGACUAUAGGAGUGAUGAAAGAGUCCAUCAGCAGGAAGGGGAAGAUUACAUGCAGUCCAGAUAAUGGAUUCUGGGUCGUUGCUCUGAGGAAUGGAGAUCAGUAUAAAGCAUGCACAUCACCAUCAACACACCUCACGCUGGAGAAGAAACCCCAGAGGAUCCAAGUUCAGCUGGACUAUGACAAGGGGAAGGUGUCCUUCUUCAACCCCACUGACAUGUCACACAUCUACACUUCUACAGACACUUUCACUGAGAAACUGUUUCCAUUUUUCUCUCCUUGUAUAAAUAUUGAUGGCAGAAAUGCUCAGGCUUUGAAGAUCUGUCCAGUGAAGGUGUCUGUGUAUAAACUGUAAUGAAAGUUGUUUCUGAAGUGAAACACUAAACUGACAUUUACUUUACACACAAUAUCUGUCACUUGUGAGAAAUGUAAAUGUGUGCAGAACAGAAAUGAA